AUGAAUUGGAAGUCGUACGUUUUUCCCGGUGGUCAUCCACCAGCUGCGUUGACCACAGGCCUUGUGGUAUUUCUAACCGCUAUUUACCUGUUAAGUUUUAUUUUUGCCCUAAGGGAAGACCUGUCGUUGGCGCCAGAGUCAUUGUUCAAACUGCAAAUGAGCAGGCUAUCGCUUUAUCCUUUAAUUCACCUAUCAUUGCCUCAUUUACUGUUCAAUGUGCUAGCCAUCUGGGCACCCUUGAAUCUCUUCGAAGAAACGCAUGGGACUGUGUACACAGGUGUUUUUUUGAACCUGAGUGCUCUAUUUGCCGGAAUUCUGUACUGUUUGUUGGGUAAGUUGCUAUAUCCAGAAGCAUUAGUUGCAGGCGCCAGUGGGUGGUGUUUCACCUUAUUCGCAUACUAUAGUUUUAAAGAAUCACAGAUCCGCCCUAGAACAAGGAUCUUUCGCACAGACUACUCAAUUCCGACAUUAUAUACACCCCUAGUACUAUUAGUCGCAAUUGCCGUCGUUAUACCUGGCUCCAGUUUCUGGGGUCAUUUUUUCGGCUUAUGUGUCGGUUACGCCAUAGGCUACAAGGAAUCGUGGUUUAACAAGAUCACUCCACCAGGAUGGAUCAUCACCAAAAUCGAAAAAAGUUUAGACGGUUUAAUUCGAUUAAUACCUUGGGGAAUUAAGUAUUACAGAGAUGAGGAUAUCGACAGAACUAAAGAUUACGAACCGUUAAUGUCCACAGAAACACCAUUGCCUCUCCACAAUGACAACUCCGGCACUGUCCUAGGGACUGCCUAG